UCCUGCUGUCCUCACACAGCCAGUCCUCUCUCAGCGAGUGGUUAGGUUGAUGAAGUGAACAGUUAUCCACAGAUCCAGGGAGCAGGUCUGUCCGUCUGUGAACAUGAUGAUUGCUAACUUCUUCCUGAGUGUCCUUUUUGUGUCAGGAGCUCACACUGCUUGUCCUGGGCAGGCAGAUCUGAGUAUUGCAGCACCAAAGACGGUGCAGGCACUGAGUGGAUCUUGUUUGCAGAUCCCGUGUAACUUUGCAGCUACAUCAGGUGAAGAGAUUGACAGCACAGGGAACAUCUCUGGAGUGUGGAUUAAAAGUGACCUCAGGUUUGCCUUCAAUCCAGACAAUGUGGUUUUCAACAGCAGCCGAAUAAUUAACAACUACACCAUGAAUCUGACUGGAAACCUGAGGGAGAAAAACUGCACCACUCUGUUUUCAAAUGUCCUCACAAGUUACACAGACAUGUACUUCUUCAGAAUAGAGAGCAGCACAUUCAGUGCAACAGCUUCUUGUGAUCCUCUACACAUCACAGUUAAAGAUUCUCCUCCGAGCCCCAGAAUAGAGAUCUCAGGAGACCUGAAGGAGGAGGAGUCUGUCACUAUAACCUGCUCAGCUCUCACUCCCUGUCCACACUCUCCUCCUAAACUCACCUGGAGUCUCCAAAGAGACUCUCUCAACAACAUGGAGGAAAACACAGAUGGAACCUUUACAACUCAAAUCCAGGAGAGCAUCACUCUGUCAGAGCACCAUGAUGGAUACAACAUCACCUGUUCUGCCACAUAUCCUGUGAAUGAAGGCAGAGAUGUGAGGACAGCAGAGGAGACAAAGACUCUCAGUGUUUCAUAUGCUCCUAAACACACCUCAGUGUCCAUCAGUCCAUCAGGUUUGGUGUCAGCAGGUACCCUGGUUAACCUGACCUGCUCCAGCAGAGCCAAGCCUCCUGUCAGCAGGUUCACCUGGUUCAGGAUCAGGAACAACAGACCUGGGAACGUAUCUGAAGGAGAGUCUUACAGCCUUAAUGUGACUGAAGGAGGAGUUUAUUACUGCAUGGCCACAAGUGAUCUUGGUAAUCAGACGUCUUCAAGGAUUCAUUUGAGUACUUCAGUUCAUUCACAGUUCGGGGUUGGUGUCUACAUCACAGUCAAGGUCCUUGGAAUAGUUCUUCUCUACAGUACAAUCUUCAUCUUUGAGUGUUGCUUUUGGUUCAAAUGCUGCAACAAAUCAGUCAAGGAAGGUGUACGCUGACACUGUCAACAGAGCGCUUGAGAUUGAAGCUUCAUGAAGGAGAAGAGGAUGAUGUUGACCUCAGUAUCAUUUUGACCCACUAUAGAAUAUAGCUGUAUUUCUUUGUCCUGUAAUUCUUACAUAUUUAAUGGUGUUAGCUUGCAGCAGGUUGAUCAGAGAGAAUCAGGAGGAAAUAGGAUGCAUGUUUUUGUUGCAUCAUAACUGAAUGAUAAUAUUGUGCAGCUUCACCUUUACAUGGUGUAGAAGUGUGCUGGUUUAUGGAUGUGUUUGUGUCCUCAUGUUUGUUUCUCUAAGUGAUGUUUUCUUUGUGAAUGAAACUGUUUGUUGAUGAAUGAAGUGAGACGAGAGAUGAAGAAGAAACGGAAGAACUUUGACUCCAACAAAGUCAACCUUUGAGUGUUUGAAUGUGUUAUUUGAAGUUUUCACCAAAGCCUGUUUUCCUUAUUCAAUAAAUCAAAAGAAUGUUGAACUUAA